CUUCAAGCGAACUGCGCAUGCGCGACGCGUCAUCCAGACUUCAGUGUUUCUCUACCGCUGAAUGAGAGCGGACGGACGGAAAUAAUCUGCCACCUGAUCCAGUGGAAAACGUGAGCAGGUCUCCAUGGCCCAGUUCGGGGGUCAGAAGAACCCGCCGUGGGCGGCCCAGUUUGCCACAACAGCAGUUUCACAGCCCGGCCACUCAGGACAGUCACUGGACCUGAACAGUUUACACUCUUUAGGAGUACAGCAGCCAUCCCUCUUGGGAGCGUCUCCUAUGUACACUCAGCAGUCGGCUUUAGCGGCAGCCUCCCUCAACACACAGUCAGCUGCCAACUAUCAGCUCUCUCAGCAGACCGCAGCGCUCCAGCAACAGGCCGCAGCAGCCGCUGCCGCUGCAUUACAGCAGUCGCAGAUCAAUUCAGCCCUGCAGCAGUAUCAGCAGCAGCAACAGCAGCAGCAACAACAACAGCAGCCGCCUCAAGCCCCCCCACCACAGCCUCCACAUCAACAAACUCUUUACAACGUCCCACAUCAGCUUUCACAACCCCAACAAGCCCUGCUAUCACAGCCCCCUGUUGCCUUGCCCACCAGCCUGAGCCUGUCAAAUCCGCAGCAGACGGCACAGAUAACCGUAUCCUACCCAACCCCGCGCUCCAGCCACCAACAGCAGACUCAACCCCAAAAGCAGCGUGUUUUCACCGGGGUCGUCAGCAAGCUACACGAUACUUUCGGCUUUGUUGAUGAGGAUGUCUUCUUCCAGCUCAGUGCAGUUAAGGGGAAAACACCCCAAGUCGGCGAUCGUGUUCUGGUGGAAGCUGUCUACAAUCCUAAUAUGCCUUUCAAAUGGAAUGCCCAGCGCAUCCAGACGUUACCUCAGCUGCCCAACCAAACGCACCAGCCGCCUCAGCCCUUACCUCAGGUUUCCCCACAGCUGUCCAGCUUUUACUCUGAAGCAGGAAUGCAGCGCUACUCUGACAUACACUCUGCGGUGGAUUCAAGACAAAAUAACCAGCCGCCAGGCCCAAACAUGAUGAAACCAGGUCCCACCAUGCUGCAGUCUCUACCCCCGCCCACUACGUUCAGCGUCCCGGCCCAGGGACCUCCUCCGUCUCUUCUGCAGGCUCAGCUCUCAGCUGCCUCUCUGGCCCCACUGCUGCAGAAUCCCCCACAGCCCCUGCUACCCCAGCCUCCCCCUAAAGACUCUGUGUUCUCAGGGGGUUUGCUGCAGCCGCCAGUGCGGAUGAUGCCUCAGCCGCAACAGGUGAGGCGUGUGGACCCCUCACCCCGCUUCCCCAGCCGCAGUGACCGACCAGAACUUAUCCUGAGGAAAGAUGACCGCAGUCGGGAAAGAGAUAGAGAGCGAAGGAGAUCAAGAGAACGUUCACCCACACGGAAGCGUUCUAGAGACCGGUCUCCUCGCAGAGAACGUUCUCCAAGACGGCCUCGCAGAGUCGUCCCAAGAUAUACUGUGCAGUUCUCCAAAUUCUCUCUCGAUGGGACGGUAAUGCUGCUGGCCAACCCUAGUCUAGAUGAGCUGUACCAUAAGUCCUGUGCUCUGGCAGAAGAUCCACCAGAGCUGAGAGACUCCUUCCAGCACCCUGCCCGCCUCAUCAAGUUCCUGGUGGGGAUGCGGGGCAAGGAUGAGGCUAUGGCCAUCGGGGGGCACUGGUCUCCCUCUUUGGAUGGGGCCAACCCGGAAAACGAUGCCUCGGUUCUUAUAAAGACAGCCAUACGUUGUUGUAAGGCUCUGACAGGCAUUGAUCUGAGUUUAUGUACCCAGUGGUAUCGUUUUGCAGAGAUACGCUAUCACCGCCCUGAGGAGACUCACAAAGGGCGGACAGUCCCCGCACAUGUGGAGACAGUGGUUUUAUUUCUCCCGGAUGUUUGGCAUUGUCUUCCUACCCGCUCAGAGUGGGAGGGCCUGUCCCGUGGACUCAAGGAGCAGCUGGCAGAGAAACUCGUGGCUGAACGGAAGGAGGCUGAUGGAGAACAGGAGGAGGAGGAUAAGGACGAAGAUGAUUCAAAGGAAGUCAUGACGCCAACUCACUGGACUAAGCUUGAUCCGAAAUCCAUGAAGGUCAAUGACUUACGUAAGGAGUUGGAGAGCCGUACACUGAGCUCUAAAGGGCUAAAGUCACAGCUGAUUGCUCGCCUCACCAAACAGCUGAAGGUGGAGGAGCAGGUGGAGGAGUCCAAGGAGCCGGAGAAGCCUGAACCUCCUAGUGUGGAGGAGGAUGAGUCCUGCAGACUGGAGGAUGACCGAGAGGACGAGGAGCGAAAGCGACAGGAGGAGCAGGAACGUCAGCGCAGAGAGAGACGUUAUGUUCUGCCAGAUGAGCCCACCAUUAUCGUCCACCCCAACUGGGCUGCCAAGAACGGCAAAUUCGACUGCAGCAUCAUGUCUUUGAGUGUGCUGCUGGACUACAGACUCGAGGAUAAUAAAGAGCACUCCUUUGAGGUGUCUUUGUUUGCUGAAUUAUUCAAUGAGAUGCUUCAGCGAGACUUUGGCUACAGGAUCUACAAAACACUCAGUUCUCUUCCGAGCAAGGAUGAGAGGAAAGAUAAAAAAGAGAAAGCUAAAAAAGAGGCAGACCGGAGGGACAUAAAGAAGGAGAAGGAUGAAGAAAACGGAGAGCCGGCCACAAAGAGAAUGAGAGAGGAGGAUGAGAAGAGGAAGGAUGAGGAGAAAGGUAUUAAGAGAGAAGAAUCCAAAGAUGAUGAUGAUAAUGAAGACGGCAGCAGCAACAACAACGCUGAUGAAUAUGACCCACUGGAGGCAGAAGACGCAGAAGACUAUGAUGAUGAUGAUAAAGAUGAUGAAGACUCUAAUGGCAGGGACAGAAGAGACGACCGGCGAGAUGAACGGAAAUCCAAAGAGAGGUCAUCUAAAGAUAAAGAUGAGAAGAAAAAACAGAUGGUGACGUUUAACAAGGAUCUGCUGAUGGCCUUUGUGUACUUCGACCAGAGUCACUGCGGCUACCUGCUGGAGAAGGACUUGGAGGAGAUCAUGUACACGCUGGGCUUGCAUCUCUCCAGAGCUCAGGUGAAGAAAUUGUUAAACAGACCACUGGUUAGAGAGUCUUGCCAUUAUCGAAAGUUAACGGACCGACCUAAGGAUGAGCCUAGCCCCACAUUGACCUCUGAUGCUCUGAUAGACAACCUUUUAGGUAACCAAAGCUUGCUGCCCAGUCUGAAGUUCAAGCGGGAAUCGGAGGACAGCUGCGAGUCGUCUAGCCUAAUCGUCUACAAGGGAUCCAUGGUGGAUGUGGGAAGCAUGAUGCAGAAGCUGGAGAAGAGUGAGAAAACCCGAGAGGAAAUUGAGCAGAAGCUCAUGCAGCAGGACGUUAAAAUGGAGGAGGACUCAAAGCAUAUAGCAGAGCUAGAAGCAGCAACCCGCAGCCUUCAGAGGGAGAUGGAGGAGGUGAAGAACAAUCUCAGAGAGACAGAGAACAACCUGAGAGCCUCAGACCAGCAGAAAGGCAGCUAUGAACAACAGCUCCAAGGCACAGUGUCCAGCCUCAACACCAUCAUGAAGGAGAUACAGGGCGUUUUUUCACAAGGUGACCCUUCAGAUGACAGUGACCAAAAAACUCAAGCUAAUGGCUCAGAUGAGUGAACGUCCCUCUCCAGCUCAUCCACAUCUAAUCUCUCUUCAAAUGUGUUAAUAAGCUUAAAACUCACACAAUUCUGAAGCUAAUUUUAUUUGAGCUUUUUUGCAUUCUGUGUACAAAGUUUUAAUGACUGGAGGUAAACUCUCAUUUUCCUCAUAAUUCUAUGUUUAAAAAUAAUUCUUUGGUUUUGAAAAAUAAUUCUCUGAAUUCUUCAGAAUCAAAUGAUUACACUUAACAAGUUGAAGUUUAAAUAAUUUGUUUGAAUUAUGUAAACGUUUUUGGUUCAUCCAUUUAAGCUUGUUUUUGGCCUUUUUUCAUUUUCAAAAGUUGCUAGUAAUUUUAACAUGUGUUGCUAUAUCAGCAUAUUUCAUUGUUGAAAUAAUGACUUGUGCCAGUACGUGAGUUAUUAGCAAAGUUUAUUUAGCAAUAAGAGUUAUUUAUGUUUAAAUCAAAUGUUAGAAACAGCAUUAGGAUUUUAUUAGGACCUAUGUGAAGCUGCUUUCUGAUCUCUUUCAUUGUUCCAUGACAAACCGUGAUCGAAAAACACGUUUUGUUCAAAGUCUUUUGUUUGAUUGGGUCACAUCUGCGCAUGCAUCUUAAUUAGCGCAUGCAUAUCAGCUUGAUUCC